AUGUUCGCGCGCGUCGUCCGCGUCUCCAUCGCCCGUCGCACCGCGCGGUCGCGCCGCGGCGUCGCCCGAGGCGCGACCGCGCGCGCCGAGGACCCCGACGCCCGUCCCCUCGACCGACGCCCGUCGACGCUCCAUCGCUUCUACGUCGACGAAGAGCUCCGUGCGAACACCACGACGCGUCUGUCGAGGGAAGAGACGCGACACGCCGCCAAGGCGCUGCGUCUGCGCCCGGGCGUCGCCGUGGAGGUGUGCGACGGCGUCGGUCGCCUCGCGCGGGCGACGCUGGGCGACGUCCUCGACGGCCGCUUCGUCGUCGACGUCGAGGACGUGCGCGUGGACGUCGACGGUCGCUCGAGUGGGAUCGAUUGGGACGUCGUGUGCGCGUUCGCGGGUUUGAAGGGCGGACGCGGGGAUUGGUUGGUGGAAAAGUGCGCGGAACUCGGCGCGCGACGAUUGGUCCCGUUGCUCGCGUCGAGGUCGGAGCGACGAUCGACGCGAGGUGAGGAUGGGGAGGGUGAUGCACGACGUGGACGCGCGGGACGGUGGGACCGCGUCGCGCGAGCGGCGAGUAAACAAAGUCUCCGGGCGCGGGAACUGGCGGUGGGCGAGACGACGGACGUGGAGGCGCUGUGUCGAGAGAUGGCGCGCGAACGAGAGGUCGGGACGCGAGUGACGCUGUUGGCGUUGCAGGGAGGGGCGCCGGUGGCGGACGUCGCGCGGGAGGUGGGACCGCGGGCGAUGCGCGCGGGACGGGUCGUCGUGGGACCGGAGGGCGAUUUCACCGACGAGGAGGUGCGCGCGAUGAUUCGAGCGGGAGCGCGACCGAUCGGACUCGGAACGCUUCGUCUUCGCGUGGAGACCGCGGCGGUGAGCGCGCUCGCGGCGGUGAGCGCGCUGGUGGACGCGACGGAGGCGGCGGAGGCGGCGGCGGACGGGACGAAGCGCGAGUCGUAG